AAAAGUUUCUGCGUCACAAAUCACUUUGCCGGGUGUAUAAAAGACCCACUUCAACCUUAUCCACCAUCUCGCCCUACAACGGAUCGCUCAUCUUCCUAAGACACCAGCAGCAUCUUGAGACCAACAUCAACUCAAGCGCAGGUUGUGGAGGCGAUCAGAAUGAGUCCGACGUUGGUGUUGUUACUCCUCUCCUUGUCUGGCCUAUCAUGGGCUCUCACUAUCUACCAGCCGGAAAAGGCAAGUUAUGAAAGUUCAGGGAAAUCAGCUCAACAGGAUUCUAAAGGAAGCGGUGAAUCAGAAGGCAGCAGCCAGGAAGGUGACUCAGCGGAACGCAUCAUCCAGAGCAUUCUACCAGGUCUAUUGGGUUCUGGAGCGAAGAGUUCAUCAGGAGGCGGCAGACCAGUAGGAUCGUCAGGGGAGCGCAUCAGCCUUGCUUCCACAGGUUCUCAGGGAAACUCUGAGAGUGGUGAAUCAGGAGACAGGUCAGCGGAAAGCAACAGCCAGGAAAGUGGAGGCAACUCUAAACAAGGAGCACCUCAACCAAGACCAGAACCAGCACCUCAACCAAGACCAGCACCAGCACCUCAACCAAGACAAGAACCAGCACCUCAACCAAGACCAGCACCAGCACCUCAACCAAGACCAGCACCAGCAACCCCUCAGCCAAAGCCUCAGCCACUACCACUUCCUGUACCAGCACCAAAACCAGCGCCAGCACCAAAACCUGCACCUGAACCAAAACCUGCCCCUGCCCCUGCCCCUGCCCCUGCACCAGCGCCAGCACCAAAACCAGCACCUGAACCGAAACCUGCCCCUGCCCCUGCCCCUGCACCAGCACCAGCACCUGCACCUGCACCAGCACCAGCACCUGCCCCUGCCCCUGCACCAGCACCAGCGCCCAAACCAAAGAAACCCAGACCAGUGCUGACAAAAGAACAGAAGCUGGCAAAGAAACUGGCCAAAUUGGCGGCCGGUAAGGUACUCAAACCCAAGACAACGCCAAGUCCUCCUCCAGCGCCACCUUGCGACAAAGAGGAUCAGUCAGCACCUCGAGAGCAAGUACCUGUGGUUUUACCUCCAGUUGUCAGACCGGCUCCACCCUCUGGAGGUAAAAGCGGAGGCAGUCCACAGUCACCCAUCAGAUGGCCACAAGGCGGGCAGGGACCAGCCUCAGGACCUGACAGUGGCUCUGCCGUCAGUGCUGAGUCCAAUGAAAGCGGCGACGAGUCGACAGGAAGUGCUGGAUCAGAUGAAAGUGUCGACGGGUCGGUAGAAGGGGGCAGUCGAGGAGGUCUCUCAGACCGCGGAGGAUCUGUGGGAUCUGCUCGGUCAUCACAACGCGAUGCUCGUGGAGGUGCCGCAGCCUCCAGACCUCAGCAGCCGACGUCAUCUCAGAAACGUAGCAGCUCGGAGAGACACUGAAGGUAACAAACGUGAAUCACAUACAACGGCCGCCUCGUGAGGAUCAUUUGACACACUUACCUCGGGAUUUCAACUACAUCACACGAUCUCUUCCUUAACAUUAAAGGUCCAAAUGGAAACUAAACUGUAGAUUGCCGUCUGUCCAUUAAACUAAUUGAAACUACAAAUGGCGGGAGUCUGGCAGUCCUGUCCAUGUCAGCUUUACAAUGGUACAACGUUUACCUUGUGUACUGAUCGGUGACUUUUAAAUUUGGAAGUAUGGUCUAAUAAAAAUGUGCAAUUUA